AUGGCUGAGGAAUAUGAGAAAUUUAAGCGAUUCGAAUAUCGAAUGAACUCCAACCUUGUUUUACAAAGGGAAGGUCCAAUAUCGAACACCAAAGAACCCACCGGAGAAAGCGAGAGUUUAGUAGGAAGAUUAAAAUAUAAGAUGGGUGAUAAGGUUGAAUAUAGUAAUAAGAAUAAGAAGAAUAUUAUGUUAGUACGAGAUAAUAAAGAAAUGGAUAUAAAUAGAAAUAAAAGAAAAGAUAUUUUUGAUGAUGAUAAAUAUAAUAGACGAUCUAAUAAGAAAAUUCGUCAUAAAGAAAAAAGUGUAUUAAAUGUAAACAUUGAAGAUAUUUUUUUAUAUAAGCCGACAACAAAAUAUACAGAAGACAUAUAUACGAAACUUAUGAGUAAGAUAAGAUUUUUAUUAGGUGAUAACACAGGAGAUAUAAUUAAUAGUGCUUGUAACGAAAUCUUAUACAUAUUAAAAAAUGAAGAAUUAAAUAAUGAAGAGAAAAAGAAACAGGUGGAGAGUGAACUAGAAAUAGAUAUAAGUGAUGAUAUAUUUAUUGAAAUAAAUAAUUUAUCGAAAGAAAUAUAUGAUUUUAAUAAACAAGAAGAAGGGGAAUAUGUAGAAAAUGACGAGGGUGUUGCCGUUAUUUUUGAAGAAGAUGAUGAUUAUUUUAAUAUAGGAAGGAAUACCAGCAGGGGAUAUGUGAAUGAUCACGAGACUAUGGAAUUACAAGAGUUGAGUGAUGAUAUUGAGGAGGAGGACAUUUCUGAAGAUGAUGAUGGAGAUGGAGAUGCUGAAGAUGGAGGUGAUGAAGAUGGAGUUGAUGAAGAUGGAGUUGAUGAAGAUGGAGAUGAUGAAGAUGGAGAUGAUGAAGGUGGAGAUGAUGAAUAUGGAGAUAAUGAAGAUGUCGAUGAUAACAAUAAUAAUAAUAAUAAUAGUGUGAGAAGAAAAAAGAAAAAGAAAGGUAACCAAAUAAACCAUCUCAAAAGUUAUGAUAAAAAAAAUAAGAAAUUCGAAAAUUAUUUAAGUUUAAAAAAUACAAAUAAGAACUUGUAUUAUGAUGAAGAAAAUAAGAAUGUUCAAGAUAAUGAUGAACUUAAUAUUAAUGUUAUUGAUUCACAUUGGUUACAAAGAGAAUUAAAUAAAAUAUUUCCAGAUCCUUCUUUAUGUUUAGAUAAAGAAAAAGAAGUUUUAAAUGUUUUAAAUAUAUAUAAUAUACAAGAAAGCGAGAAUAAAUUAAUGCAUAUAUUGAAAUAUGAAAAUUUUCAUAUUGCAAGGGUGUUAAUAAAAAAUAGAUGGAAAAUAUAUUAUUGCACCUUACUGGGUCAGGCACAAACAGAAGAAGAAAAAGAAGAAAUAAAAAAGGAGAUGAAAAAGACCGAAGAGGGACAAGAUAUUUUAGAUGAAUUAUGUAACUUUAAAAAUGUUAGAAAGAAUAAACAAAGUGAAUUUAGUAAAAUAAUAAGGAAAGAAGCUGAUAAUUUGUUUGGAAAAAAAAAAAAAAUAAAUGAUUAUAAUAAAAAAGGAAACAUGGAUUAUACAUAUAUACAUGAUGAUGAUGAUGAUGAUGAUGAUGAUGAUGAUGAUGAUGAUGAUGGUGAUGAAGAAGAAAAGGAGGAGGAUCAUAAAAAUUAUGACGACGAAAAUGUUAGUGAUGAUGAUAAUUAUUACGAAUCUACAAAGUUGUAUAAUAGCGAUUCGCAAGGAGAAGACGCAAUUAAAAAGAUAAAUAUAAAUGUGAAAGAUGUAAAAAACAUAAAGGGUGUAAAAGAAGAAGAUCAUGAAGGAGGAGGGUCAGGGAAAGAAGAUAAUGAACCUACACAGAAAAGUUUUUCUAAUAAUAUGAAAUAUAAAUUUAUCGAUUUAGAAAAACUGGAAACAAAAGAAAAGAAUAAAGAUAUAUUUUUUAAUAAAGAAGUAAUAUUACCACCAGAAAGUAAAAGAAUAGAAAGAAAAGAAUAUGAUGAAAUAAUUAUUAGUAGUAUGAAAAAUAAUAAAAUGGAUGGUAUGAAAAGAAAUAAAAAUAAUAAAAUAAAUUAUUAUACAUGUCCAGAAGAAAUAAAAUUGAUACAUAUAAAUGAAUUACCUGAGUGGACACAUGAAGUAUUUUCUUGUGUUAAUAUUACUAAAUUAAAUCCAAUACAAUCAAAAGUAUAUGAUGUGGCAUUUAAUAAAUAUGAAGAAAAUAUGUUAAUAUGUGCUCCUACGGGUUCAGGAAAAACCAAUAUUGCUUUAUUAUGUAUUUUGAAUGUUAUUAAUUCAUAUCGAUUAAAAAGUGGGAACAUUAAUAGAAAGGAUUUUAAGAUUGUAUACAUAUCACCUAUGAAGGCUUUGGUAAAUGAGCAGGUGCAAUCAUUUAAUUUACGACUCAAAUGUAUGAAUAUUAAAGUGAGUGAAUUAACAGGUGAUGUAAAUUUAAGUACUAAAGAAUUGGACGAUAGUCAAGUCAUUGUAAUGACGCCUGAGAAAUUCGAUGUGAUUAGUAGAAAAUGGAAUGAAAAAAUAUUAUUGCACAAAAUAAAAUUGAUUAUAUUUGAUGAAAUACAUUUGUUGAAUGAGAUGCGAGGAAAUGUUUUGGAGAGUAUCAUAGCACGUAUAAAUAGAUAUAUGGAUAACACGAUGGUAUAUGAUAUGAGUGACGUUGCAUAUGGUUCAUCUGGAGGUUUCCGAGGCAAAAAUAGAGAUGCCAAUGGUGAUAAUAAUAAUAAUAAUAGUGAUGAUAAUAAUAAUAGUGACGAUAAUAAUAAUAAUAGUGAUGAUAAUAAUUAUGAUGGUGGUGGUGUUAAUUCUUUUCGAGAGAAUAAGCAUGGAAAGAACCAUAUAUCGAUAAGAAAGAAAAAGAUUCGAUUGGUUGGUUUAUCUGCUACGCUACCAAAUUAUGAAGAUGUCGGAAUAUUUUUAAGAGCUCAUAUUGAGAGGGGUAUAUUUUAUUUUGAUCAUUCCUUUAGACCAGUACAAAUAGAACAACAUUAUAUAGGUAUAAAAGAAAAGAAAGGAAUUAAGAAGUAUGCUCUUAUGAAUGAGUUAACGUAUGAGAAAGUACUUGAAGAAGCUGGAAAGAAUCAGAUAUUAAUUUUUGUUCAUAGUAGAAAGGAAACUUAUAGAACAUCGAAAUUGUUGAUUGAUAGAUUUAUGAAAAGCGAUAACUUAAGUAAAUUUUUAAUAGAUAAGAAAAUAUCGAGUGAAAUAUUAUUAUCGGAAAAAGAGCAUGUAAUAAAUGAAGAAUUAAAAGAGAUAUUACCAUUUGGAUUUGGAAUUCAUCAUGCAGGAUUAAAAAGAUUAGACAGAAAAUUGGUUGAAGAUUUAUUUUCUGAUAGACAUAUACAAGUUUUAGUUUGUACAAGUACUUUAGCGUGGGGUAUUAACUUACCUGCUCAUACAGUAAUAAUUAAAGGUACGAGUGUUUAUAACAUUAAUAUAGGAGAUUUUGAUGAAUUAUCUAGUAUGGAUGUUUUACAGAUGGUUGGACGUUCAGGUAGACCACAAUAUGAUAAAAGCGGUAAAGCUAUUAUAAUAACAGAUCAUAAGAACUUACAAUUAUAUUUAUCUUUAAACAACGAACAAUUAUUUAUAGAAUCUACAUUACUUAAUAAUAUUGUUAAUAUUAUAAAUGCGGAGAUUGUUUUAAAAAACAUUCAGAAUAUGGAUGAUGCUAUGAAUUGGUUAGAGCAAACAUAUAUGUAUAUACGUAUGUUAAAAUGUCCUAGUUUAUAUGGUGUGACAAUAAAUUCGAAUGAUAAAAUUAAAGGUAUUGAAGAAUUUAAGGAUAUUAUAGAUAUGAAGAAUAAAACAAAGAAACAUGACCAUAACAAUAUAAAUAAUAAUAAUAGUAGUAGUAGUAGUCGUAGUAGUCGUAGUAGUCGUAAUAGUAGUAGUAGUAGUAGUAGUGGUGUUAUGGAUUAUAUGUCGAUUUUAAAAACAAAUUAUAAGUAUAAUAAAUUUAUAGAAAAAAUAAAAAGAAGGAUGUACAAUAUAUUAUAUUCAUGUUUUCUUAUAUUAGAAAAAUAUGAUUUAAUAAAAUAUAAUAGAAAAUUAAAUACUGUUAGUAGUACUUAUAUAGGUAAAAUUAGUAGUUAUUAUUAUGUUGAUUAUAAAUCUAUCGAUAUAUAUAAUAAGAAAUUAAAUAAGUAUACAAAUGAGAUAGAUUUAUUAAAAAUAUUUACUAUGAGUGAUGAAUUUAAAAAUAUAUAUAUAAGAGAUGAAGAGAAAACAGAAUUAUCUGUUAUAAUGGAAAAAUUACCAAUACCUGUUAAAGAAUCUAUAAAUAUUCCUUAUACAAAAAUAAAUAUAUUAUUACAAUUAUAUUUAUCCAAUAUAAUAUUGAAUGGUUAUAUUAUAAAUGCAGAUAUGGUAUAUAUACAUCAGAAUGCAUUACGUAUUUUUAGAUCCUUUUUUGAAAUAUCUUUAAAAAAAAAUUCUUAUAAUUUAAUAAAAUUAACUUUAAAGUUUUGUAAAAUGAUUGAAAGAAGGAUGUGGAGUACUAUGACACCCUUAAGACAAUUUGGUUUAUUAAGUACAGAACUGAUACGAAUAAUUGAAAAAAAAAAUAUUACAUUCAAGAAUUAUUUAACAAUGAAUUUAAAUGAAUAUAUAACUAUUUUUAAGAAUAAAAAAAUAGCAAAAAAUAUAUUUAAAUUAGUACAUCAUUUUCCAAAGUUAGAAUUAAAUGCAUAUAUCCAGCCUAUUAAUCAUAAAAUAUUAAAAGUUGAUUUAAAUAUAGCACCAGAUUUUAUAUAUAACCAUAAAUAUCAUGGAUAUUUUAUGUUAUUCUGGGUAUUUGUUUUUGAUAUAUCAAAUGAAAGUAUAUUACAUUAUGAUUUAUUUACGCUCAAAAAAAAUUAUAAAAAUGAUAUCUUAAACCAAACGCAAAGAAACAACAACAACAAUAAUAAUAAUAAUAAUAAUAAUAAUAAGACGAAGAACAAUAUGUAUAACCCAUCAGAUGUUUUAGAUGAUCAUGUGUUGACAUUUUUCUUACCCAUUAAUGAUAAUCCUUUCUAUAUUGUCAAAGUCAUUUCAGAUAAAUGGUUAGAAUGUGAAGCUACCAUUAAUUUAUAUCUAAAAGAUUUAAUUCUACCUUCUCAAAAUUUUUAUUCUACACAAUUGUUGGAUUUACAACCUUUACCUAUACAUUCAAUUAAAUAUCAAAAAGCACAUACUUUUUUUAAUAAUAUAAGAAAUCUAGAUUAUUUUAAUUCUAUACAUACACAAAUAUUUACAUCUCUUUUUGAAAAUAACGGAAAUGUACUAAUAGCUAGUUCAAAUUCAAAACAUUAUUUAAUUCCAGCCGAAUUAGGUAUCAUAAAGAUCUUGAAAUUUUUACAUUGUUUAUAUAAUUUUAUCAAUACUUAUAUUAAAAAACAAAAAGAUGUAUAUAAAAUUAUUAAUGAUAAAAAACUAGCUGAUCUUUUAUUUAAUAAUAAUUUAAUAGAUUUAAUAAAAAUUGUUUAUAUAGCACCCUUAGAUGAUGUAAUCAUAAAAACAUUUAAAAAUUGGCAACCCUUGAAAAAAAUAUUUAAUUUGAAAAUGUGUAUACUAACAGGAGAUAUACAAAUUGAUAUGAAGCUAUUACAAACACAUCAUAUUAUUUUAUCCAACCCAUCAAAUUAUGAUAACAUAUCAAAAAAAUGGAGGAGGAAAAAAAUUCUCCAAACGGUUUCUUUUUAUAUAUUUGAUCAUAUGGAAUUGUUGGAUACGGUACAAGGGGGAAUCAUGGAAAUAUUAAUAAGUAGAAUAAGAUAUAUAUCUACACAAUUAAAUUUAAAUAAAUCAGAAAAAAAAAACCAACACAAUAAUGAAAAUAAUGAUAAUUUAAUCAUGUCGAUAUUAAAUAUAGAUAUUAUCAAAAUGAAUAAUGUAGAAGAGGAUAAUAAGAAAAAUAUAACACAUAACAAUCAUAAUAAUAAUAAUAAGAAGAAGAAGAAGAAGGAGGAGGAGGAUGAUGAUUUUAUACAAACUAUAAAUGCAUUACAAAAUUUUACAAUUGACCACAUUUAUGAUUAUAUAGGAUUAAAUAGAAUAUUGUGUCUAUCUAGUUGUUCCUUAUAUAAUUCAAAAGAUUUCGCUGAAUGGAUCGGAUGUAAAAAAAAUGAUUAUUAUAACUUUUUAUCAACUGUAAGAGAUAUACCUAUUGAAAUAUACUUACAUGCAGUUAAUAUUAUGAAUAAACAAAAUAGAUAUAUAUCCAUGCAAAGACAAGUGUAUCAAAAUAUAAGAAAAUUAAAGAAUAUAAUACCAAAAAAAAAAAAAAUGCAAAAUGUUAUUAUUUUUGUAACAGAUCAAAAGAUGUGUAAAACAUUGGCAUUAGAUUUAAUCCUUUCAGCUUAUAAUGAUAAUUUUAAAUAUUUUUCUCUUUUUGAAAAUUAUGAAGAUGAUAAAUACGGCACAUAUAAAUUUUCUACUGAUCAAAAUGAUCCUAAGAAUGAAGAAAAAGAAAAGAAAAAAGGAGGGUGGAUAUCCAAUUUGUUCUCCUACAACAAAGAUGAUAAAAUUAGUCGUGAUAAUGAGAAGAAUGAUUUAAUAAAUAACAAUUCAGAUGAUGGUGGAACGUCAAAUAAUGUACACAAAUCUGGAACAUUUAGGAAUAAUGAUUUAUAUAAUAAUAGUACAAAUGUAGAGGAGCUAGCUAAAAGCAUUCAUAAUAUGAUUAAUUUGAAUAUAUCUAAUAUGGAUAGUAUUAAGAAUAAGGAAUUGUCAGAAAAUAACAUUAAUGUUUCAAGUAGUAAUAAUAAUAAUAAUGGUAAUAUUUAUAAAAAUGAGGGGAAACAUUGUAAUAAUAGAAAUAAUAUGAAUGAAGAACAUGUAUUUGAUUAUAUUAAUGAUAAAAUGUUAAUACAAUUUAUGAAAAAAGGUAUUUGCUAUUUACAUAAUAAUAUGACAGAAAUAGAAAAGAAAAUUGUGGAAAUAUUAUUUGAUAAAAAAACGAUACAAAUAUUAAUUGUUUCUUAUGAUUAUAUUUACAGUUUAAAUGUUUAUGCAAAUAAUGUUAUUAUAUUAGAUACUAUUAUAACACAUUUCCAUAACAAUAAAGAAGAAGAUUAUAGUAUACAGAAUAUAUUAGAAAUGAUAAGCUAUGCUGGACGACAAAAUGAAGAUACCAAAGCUUUUGUAUAUAUAUAUACAUAUAUAACUAAAAAAGAAUAUUAUAAAAAUUUUAUAUAUGAACCAUUAACUGUAGAAUCAAAUAUUGAAGAUAAUUUACCAAAUUUCUUAAAUAAUGAAAUUGUUAUGAGUACUAUAGAAAAUUAUCAAGAUGCUAUCGAUUGGUUAACAUGGUCCUUCUUUUAUAGACGUAUAAAAAAAAAUCCGAAUUAUUAUGGGUUAAAAGGGAUAUCAAAUGAACAUAUAUCAGAUUAUUUAUCUGAACUUAUAGAAAAUAAUAUGGAAAUAUUAUCAUUUGCUAAUUGUAUAAAUAUAGAAGAACAAACUAUGGAUAUUAAACCAUGUAAUUUGGGUAUUAUAUCAUCAUUUUAUAAUUUAGAUUAUCAUAUUAUUCAUUUUUUUAAUCAAUAUGUAUUAUCUUUAAAAACAUUAAAGAAAUCAAGAAUUUUUGAAAUAAUAUGUCUUUCUAAUAUUUUUAAUGACAUAUUAAAAAUACAUAAUUAUGAUAUAUUUCUAUGUUUAAAAAUUGCUCAAGCAUGUAAUAUACAAGUAACAUAUGAAUUUUUAAAACUUUCUAUUAAUAAUGAAAAUAAUUUAAAAAAUGGAAACAUUGAAGACCAUUUAAAUAAAGAUACGAAAUCAGAAGAUUAUAAAAAAGAUCAAUAUAUUAAUUUAUUACAAUUUAUGAGUGUACCUAUUUAUUUUACAUCUCAUUUAAAAGCUUUUAUACUUUUACAAGCACAUAUCCAUAGAUAUAGUUUACCUCUGAAUUAUAUACAAGAAACAAAAACUGUAUUAUUAAAAGCAUAUAAAUUAAUAAAUUCCUUAAUUGAUGUUAUAAGUAGUAAUAAUAUUUUAAAUUUCUGUUUAUUUGUUAUGGAGGUCUCACAAAUGUUAACACAAAGUAUGAAGAGUACUACUGAUCAAUCCAAUUUAUGGCAAUUACCUCAUUUUGAUGAACAUUUAAUUAAAAAAGCAAACGAUUUAGAAAUAGUGGAUGUGUAUGAUUUAAUAAAUGCUGAAGAUGAACCAAGAGAUAUUUUAUUAAAACAUCUGAAUGAAAAACAAAGAAGUGAAAUCGCAAAUGUUUGUAAUAUUUUUCCAAUUAUUGAAGUACAAUAUGAAAUCGAUCUUGAUAAAUCUUAUAAAGUUAAUGAAAUUGCACAACUUAAUUUAACCAUAGAAAGAGAUUUAACAGAUGAUGCUGUGAUUUUUGCACACUCCCUUUAUUUACCUUUUGAAAAAGAAGAAAUGUGGUGGAUCGUUAUCGGAAUUAAAAAAAUGAAUUUACUUUUAUCUAUCAAAAAAUUAUCUUUAUUGAAAAGUAUCAAUCAUAUAAAAAUUAAUUUCGAAUUGCCUGACAAGCCAAAUACCUAUGACGUAGUAAUUUAUGUGAUCAAUGAUUGUUAUGUUGGGUGUGACCAGGAGUACGAGUUUAAGAUUAACGUGGAGGAGUAA